CUGCAAAAUCUUUUACGAAACAGAGCAAAGGGUUUUGGAAGCUGUUGAAAGCAGAGGGGGCAACCAGACAUCAUGAAAGAAGGACAAGGCAGAAAGAGGAAACGGGCAAGACACAAUAAACCUCAGAAACCCCAAGAAUCUUUGCAACCAAAACACUCAAUAAAGCAUAAGAAAGAAACCCAUCAACAGAAAAGCCAUGCCCAUCGGUCUUCUGCUUCUUCAAAGCCGCCCAAGUCGUCUUCUUCUAAUUCCUCCAGUUUUCUUGACAAGAUGAGAGCAAGGUUGGCUGGAGGGCAUUUUAGGAUGAUCAAUGAAAAGCUCUACACUUGCACAGGUAAAGAAGCACUGGACUAUUUCCAAGAAGACCCAGAAUUGUUUGAUAUGUACCAUACAGGAUAUCAGGAGCAAAUGUCGCAUUGGCCUGAGCUGCCGGUCAAUGUAAUCAUAAAAUGGUUGAAGGAUCAUAGUUCUUCUUUAAUUGUUGCUGAUUUUGGCUGUGGUGAUGCACGCCUUGCAAAAAAUGUGAAGAAUAAAGUUUUCUCUUUUGAUCUUGUGUCAAACGAUCCUUCAGUAAUUGUUUGUGAUAUGUCAAAUAUACCACUUGAUCCAUCCUCCGUAGAUGUUGCUGUCUUUUGCCUUUCAUUGAUGGGGACUAACUAUGCUAGUUACCUUCAGGAAGCAUAUAGAGUUCUUAAGCCAAGUGGUUGGCUUUUAAUAGCAGAGGUAAAGAGCAGAUUUGAUCCAAAUAAUGGAGGAGCGGACCCAAAUAAGUUUUCAAAAGCUGUUUGUGAGAUGGGAUUUACAUCAGCAUUGAAGGACUUCUCAAAUAAGAUGUUUGUUUUAUUAUACUUCAAGAAAAAGGAAAAGCAAAGCUCAAAAGGGAAGGAAAUUGAAUGGCCAGAGCUGAAGCCUUGUAUAUACAAGCGUCGUUGAGAGUUCCAUGCUCUUCUGUUCCUGAGCUUUGUAAGGGGAGAUGGGCACAAUUGAAAAUAUAGCAAAUGGAAACCAAUCAGGCUUUGAGUGUGAUACAAAUCACUGUAAAAGAAGAAGACAAACCCUGAAAAUAAUGAUGAAAGUUUAAAGUAUUCCUUGCCUUUAUCAUUUUCAUACCACUUUGGAUAGAAGGCACAUAUGGCUACCUCAAGUUGGCUCAACUAUGGCCAAAUUCCCUUUGGUUAUCGACGACAUAGCCUUGCAAGUCAGAUUAGCCUGAAAAGAAUGAUGGAACAAUGGCAAAGUAUCUGGAUACUAAAGCAGAAAAAACCAUGUGAAUCAAUGAAAUACUGAAAUCCAUUUGCUUCAAAGGCAGUUUUUUUUCGGCUGUGUCGAGGCCUCAAAGCGAGCCAUGUGAAUCUUACAUCGAAGAAAUUAUAUGCUUUCAAUUAAUAGAGCUAUAAAUCUCAUAUGACAGUGAGAUUGGACAUUUAAGAGUUUAUAUCAUCUUCAACCUAGAAGAAGAUGCUUUUGGUGAAACAAAACUAUGAGGUUGGUAGGUCAAAAUGCAUAAUACUUC